CGGCGCUCAGAAAAAGCAGCUGUCAAUUCCUCCCGAGAUCACGAAUUGGACAGGGCCAGCUCGAGGCCGCAACAAACUGGCACCUACCUGACGCAGGCUAUGCCGCUGUCCGGCCCUACAUCUCUUGAAUUCAGUAACUUCAGUGUGCUGUGACAGCAAUUGAAGGAGGAUUUGCAGGAUUUUUCCUCCUUGCCAAACGCCCACCUGCUUCAACUCCAAGACCUUUCCCCGAAUCCACAGCUUUGAGUUUGCGCCGUGGCUUUGGGGCACCCACCUCGCCGAAAUGGCCAAAGACAAAUCCGCCUUGUCUGUUUUAUCCAAGGCCAUCGACCCGGCCCUUGAUGCUCUCUUCUCCCAGAGUGCUGGACCCGUCAAAACGCCCCCAAAAUCCCGCUACGCAGAAUUGCUCCCGAAGAAGUCCCUGGCAGACGAGGAGGAUCAUGAUGGUUUCGACGGCGCAGAGCCGGAGGGCUCCGACGAAGAGUCAGAAGCCUCCGAGAAUGGAUCUGAAGAGCGGUCGGGUAGCGAGUCCGAUGCCGGCAGCGUAGACAAAGGGGGGGGCAUAUUGUCUGGUGAAGACGAGUCUGAAGCCGAAGACGCCAAGGGCAUUUCGAGCGCCGACGAUGAAGCUGAAGCGACGAAGGUCUCGGAGAGAGUUAUCUCACGCGGAACAUCUCAAGAGGAGGGCCGCAAGCGGAAACGGAAGCAAAGAGAUGGCGAUGAAGACUUCGAGGCUAAAUACUUGGAGCGAUUGGCGGACGACGAGGCUCCAUCUGGGAAGCGUCGCAAGGCAGAUGCAACUGAGAAGACCGCAGCAGCAGAGGAUGCAGGCGGGGUCUCCAGGGAAGGUGACGAUGAGCGCAUGGCUGGGAUGGAGGAGGACGAGUCGUCAGUGGGCGAGGUUCCUGUUCAUGAGUCCUUGACCACUGGCCCUGUCGAAACGGAACUCGAAAAGGCGAACCGUACCGUCUUCCUCAGUAACGUCUCGAUCGAGGCAAUCACCUCGCGCAAGGCCAAGAAGAUCCUGCUACAUCAUCUCUCAUCGGUCCUCGACAAGAAGGCAGACCCUCCUCAAAAGGUGCAGUCCAUCCGGUUCCGCUCGAUCGCUUUCGCGACAACAGGCAUACCGAAACGCGUGGCCUACAUCAAAAAGUCGCUCUUGGAAGCCACUACGAAAUCCACCAAUGCCUAUGUCGUCUAUAGCACGGCAGCAGCGGCGCGGCUCGCUGUGGCACAACUUAACGGCACAGUUGUCCUCGACCGCCACCUCAGAGUCGACAGCGUUGCUCAUCCAGCGCCCGUCGACCACCGGCGCUGUGUCUUCGUUGGCAAUCUGGGUUUUGUCGACGAUGAGACUGUGUACAGCACCAAGAUCGACAAGGAGGGCAAGGAAAUCACCGAAAAACGCAAGCGAACCAAGACACCAAUGGACGUCGAGGAAGGACUCUGGCGAGUGUUCGGCGAAGAAGCCGGCAAAGUCGAGAGCGUCCGCGUCGUAAGAGAUGCCGCUACCCGCGUCGGCAAGGGCUUCGCCUAUGUGCAAUUCUAUGACGGCAACGCCGUGGAGUCAGCAAUUCUCCUCAACGGCAAGAAAUUCCCCCCCAUGCUGCCCCGUGAGCUGCGCGUCAGCCGUUGCAAGGCCCCCCACAAAACAGCCCGCGCCAUGGAAGCCCGCAGAGAGAAAAUUGCGUCGUCUGCCUCUUCCGACCGUAAGGGCGGUGGCAAACACGACGGCAAAAAGCGAAAGAAGAGGUCUGCCGACGGAGAGACAGGAGAGUACGUCCCAAAACUCACCGCCGACGCCCAGACCCUUGCCGGCCGGGCGAGCAAACUGCUGGGCCGGUUCGGUGCCGCGAAACUUGUUGGGGAACUACCCGGAAAGGACAAGAAGCGGCGGCGGGAUAGGCGAGAGCGCGGGAUAAAAGGCAGGGGUGGUGAGGCCGCGGGAGAGAAGCCCAAUGGGAUCAAGGGACCGGAGCAAUUCGUCUUCGAAGGGCGGCGGGCUAGUGCGAAAGAUGGCAAACCCAAGGAUUUGAAGUUCAAGACGAAGAGCAAGGGGAAAGACAAGGUGCACAAGAAGAAGAAAAAGAAGGGCGCCAAGGGCGAGAAAUGAGAUGGCGGGCGCAGGAGAGGUCUGCGUGGUACGAGAAAAGGGGUAACAUGGUGGGCACAGCGGUCGAGUUGUCCACGGCACGAGGCGGCGCAUUCCUCAGUCGCCGGCCGGCGAGUUCUAGACAACAGGCUGGGUAAAAAGCUGCGUUGAUAGCGCAGCGUGGAAAUAGAAAUUCCCGGAAACUCGAUGACGGUUGAGCAGAUGAGUUCGACAGACCUGGUGGCAUUGUAGAAAAAAAAUCCUUUUGUGCUUGUCUCGAUGAUUACAACUUGAGGCGUUGCCGCUCUACUGUCUCCAGGCACCCGAACUCUCUGUCAUCUCAUAUCCCCCCG